GUAGAUGGAAAGCACCAACAUGAACGGGAAGAAAAAAAGUAUUCAUACAAAUCUGACGUAGACGUGUCGCAACUUGCAAGAACUGCAGUUCCUUCUGAGAUGGGCCAGGUCGGGCUGGGCCGGGCCGGACACGGCUCAACACAGGUCAGGUGGAAACGGGCUAGUUUAGGUUGGGCCCAAGCCCAUGGCCUCCUCCACACUAGAAGCUUAUCCAUUCUCUUCUUCCGCUUCGCUUGGUCCCUGUCACGGGGGAAAUGGCCGCGCUCCACGCCAAGCUCCCACCCACACCUCGACUCCUCACCGCGCCACCGAGCCAUGGACCGCCGAGCGGCCGCCCCACGUCCGUGGGCAAGAGCCGCUACGAGCCGCCGGACGUCGUUCUCGACUGCAAACGGCUGGACAGGCUCAUGAAGUCCGGGAGGCUGGGGGACGCUAUCGACCUGUUCGAUCGAAUGCCUCGCAAGAACGUCGUUGCCUGGACCUCGGCCAUCUCCGGGUGCACGCGGAACGGGCGCCCCGAAGCGUCCUUGGCGAUGUUCGUCGACAUGCUGGAGUCCGGCGUCGCGCCGAACGGCUUCGCGUGCAACGCGGCCCUGGCGGCGUGCGCGGACGCGGGCACGCUCGGCCUCGGCGAGCAGGUGCACUCGCUCGCCGUGCGGGCGGGGUUCGCCGGGGACGCGUGGAUCGGGAGUUGCCUGAUCGAGCUGUACUCGAGGUGCGGUUCUCUUCGGGCGGCCGAGGAUGUGUUUCGCCGGAUGGACUCGCCAGACGUGGUGGGAUACACCUCGCUCAUCUCGGCGCUCUGCCGGUACGGCGAGUUUGGACAGGCUGUGGAGGCGCUCUGUCAGAUGAUGAAGCAGGGGUUGCAGCCGAAUGAGCACACGCUGGCAAGCAUGCUGGCAGCAUGCCCUCGUGUUCUUGGAGAGCAGAUACAUGGAUACAUGCUCAAGGCAAUGGGUUCGCAAAGUGUCUAUGCAUCGACUGCACUGAUCGAUUUCUAUUCAAGAAACGGUGACUUUGACCUGGCGAUCAUGGUGUUUGAAAACCUCGACUGCAAGAACGUGGUGUCCUGGUGUUCCAUGAUGCAGCUGCACAUCAGAGAUGGAAGGUUGGAAGACGCGCUGCGAGUGUUUAGUGGUAUGAUGUCAGAAGGUGUCGAGCCAAAUGAGUUUGCAUUCUCAAUUGCGCUAGGGGCUUGUGGAUUCAUUGGCCUGGGGCGUCAAAUUCACUGCUCAGCCAUCAAGCGCAACUUAAUGACAGAUAUUCGAGUAUCAAAUGCUUUACUCUCUAUGUAUGGUAGAAGUGGUCUUGUAGAAGAACUCGAGGCUGUGCUCAACAAGACUGAAAAUCCUGAUCUUGUUAGCUGGACAACUGCUAUUUCGGCAUACUUCCAAAAUGGUUUUGGUGAGAAGGCUGUGGCAUUGCUUUCUCAGAUGCAUUCAGAAGGUUUCACACCGAAUGACUAUGCCUUCUCUAGCGGUCUGAGUUCUUGUGCAGACCUGGCAUUGCUGGAUCAAGGAAGGCAAUUUCAUUGCCUGGCACUAAAACUGGGGUGUGACUCCAAAAUUUGUACUGGGAAUGCACUGAUCAACAUGUAUUCCAAGUGCGGUAAAAUUGGAUCCGCAAGGCUUACAUUUGAUGUCAUGCAUCUCCAUGAUGUCACAUCCUGGAACUCUCUGAUUCAUGGUUUUGCACAGCAUGGGGAUGCAAAUUUGGCACUAGAGGCAUUCAGUGAGAUGUGUUCCAAUGGUUGCAAGCCAGAUGACUCAACAUUUCUGGGAGUCUUGGUAGGGUGCAAUCAUGCAGGUCUGGUAAAGGAAGGGAAGAUGUUCUUCAGACUAAUGAUGGAUCAAUAUGGUAUCACACCGACUCCUCCUCACUACGCUUGCAUGAUUGACAUGCUGGGUCGAAGUGGCAGAUUCGAUGAGGCACUGCACAUGAUCGAGAUGAUGCCAUUCGAGCCUGAUGUCUUGGUGUGGAAAACGCUAUUAGCAUCAUGCAAGCUGCACAGGAAUCUGGACAUUGGAAAGCUCGCAGCAGGCAAGCUCAUGGAGCUUUCAGAAAGGGACUCCGCGAGCUACGUGCUGAUGUCCAACAUCUACGCGAUGCACGGAGAAUGGCGGGAUGCUGGGAGCGUGCGGAGGAGGAUGGACGAAAUGGGGGUCAAGAAGGAAGCCGGGUGGAGCUGGAUUGAGGUCAAGAAUGAGGUCCAUGCCUUUGUUGCAGGAGACAUGUCUCAUCCAGACUCGGCGUCCAUCUAUCAGAUGCUUGGGGAGCUUGUUGAUGUGAUGCAAGAUACAAAUUCACAUAUGCAGAUUGCAGAUUUAGAUGUCAAAGAUUAACAAAUUACUUCCAACUUUACCUGUAAAGUAGAACAUAGGAUAAUGAUAGUCAUCUUUUUGUUUUGUCUUUUUGGUUGUAAAUUGACAUAUAUCCUUUGCAUCUUUAGAGAAGACUUCAAAACAUUAUUGGAGGAAUGUUUUGAAACUUGUGUAGCAUCGCAGAAGAUCUCGCUACA